CUCAGCGGCUGCCGGACGAUCCCCACCCUCAGCCUCGUAGGCUUUUCCCGUGCCGCUUUCUCCAGAAGCUCUUCGCCUCGGCGGGCGCAGCGAGCUCCAGGGCAGCCGUCUGAGCGCCGACCGGACGAGCAGUCUCCGGCCUCUGCAGCCGGGCCCGCGGGUAAACGCGCCCGGUUACAUCUUUAAAGAUAGUGACUCUGAGACAGCAGUCAAGUUCCUUCAGCAACUCAGGAACUAAGUCUUCUGAUCCCGAAGACGCCAAUGAACGGAUCUGAGAGAGGUCAGUCCUGCUUCUGGAAUCCAGCUCUAUGUUGAGGCUAAGAAAUGUUUUACAUCAGACAGAGUGACUCACAAGACAGGGAUAUUUCAAUAUUAAAUAAAUAUUUCAUUAGAUUUAAAGAAUGAAGAGGAACAAUUUAUCUGUGGUGAAUAAAAUUGUCCAGUCCUCGCCAGCAGUGAAACAGCCAAAGCUCGGGCUCUGCUCUCCUCUCAGCCAGAUCUGCACGUGCACUGUUCUUCUGGACUGGGGGAGUUUGCCUCACCAUGUCGUGUUACGAAUUUUUCAGUAUCUUCCUUUGAUAGAUCGGGCCCGUGCAUCUUCUGUAUGUAGGAGAUGGAAUGAAGUUUUUCAUAUUCCUGACCUUUGGAGGAAGUUUGAAUUUGAACUGAACCAGUCAGCUACUUCAUAUUUUAAGUCCACUCACCCUGAUCUCAUUCAGCAGAUCAUUAAAAAACACGCUGCCCAUCUCCAAUAUGUCAGUUUUAAAGUGGAUAGCAGCACAGAGUCGGCCGCAGCUGCCUGUGAUAUACUUUCUCAGCUGGUCAAUUGCUCCAUCCAGACUUUGGGUUUGAUUUCCACAGCCACUCCGAGUUUCAUGAAUGUAUCAAAGUCACAUUUCGUGUCAGCACUUACCGUUGUUUUUGUCAACUCGAAGUCAUUGUCAUCAAUCAGAAUUGAAGACACACCUGUGGAUGAUCCUUCAUUAAAGAUUCUUGUGGCCAAUAAUAGUGACACCCUAAGACUCCUAAAAAUGAGUAGCUGUCCUCAUGUUUCAUCGGAUGGCAUCCUUUGUGUAGCUGAUCAUUGCCAAGGCCUUAAAGAACUGGCACUGAAUUAUUACAUCCUGAGUGAUGAACUUCUCCUAGCAUUGUCACGUGAGACUCACGUUAACCUAGAGCAUCUUCGAAUUGAUGUCGUGAGUGAAAAUCCCGGGCAAAUUAAAUUUCAUUCUAUUAAAAAACACAGCUGGGAUGCACUAAUUAAACACUCCCCUGGAGUUAAUGUUGUUAUGUACUUCUUUUUAUAUGAAGAGGAAUUUGAGACCUUCUUCAAAGAAGAAACCCCUGUUACUCAUCUUUAUUUUGGCCGUUCUGUAAGCAAAGCAAUUCUAGGACGGAUAGGUCUUAACUGUCCACGACUAAUCGAGUUAGUGGUAUGUGCUAAUGGUCUUCAGCCUCUUGACAAUGAACUUAUUUGUAUUGCUGAACAUUGUAUAAACUUAACAGCCUUGGGCCUCAGCUUAUGUGAAGUUAGCUGUAGUGCUUUCAUUGAGUUUGUACGACUGUGUGGGAAAAGGCUCACGCAGCUUUCUAUAAUGGAGGAAGUUCUGAUCCCUGAUGAAGAUUAUAGCCUAGAUGAAAUUCACACUGAAGUCUCAAAAUACCUGGGAAGAGUAUGGUGUCCUGAUGUGAUGCCUGUGUGGUAAUUGGCUCCCAAAAGUCUUGAACUUUUUUUUUUUUUAAUCCAUAAGAUUAACUGCUUUCUGUUUACGUACAUAUAAGUUUUAAGUCGCAUUGCUGAAAUAUUUUAGGACAGAUAUCUUAUCAUCUGCAGGCUGUCUUAAUGGAUUGUUGUAGAAGCAUUUGAAAAAGAUACAGAAAACUUAAGACAGAAAAUUCUGUAAAAAGAGCGCUGACACUAUAUGUGGUUGGUGUGCUAAAACUACAGAUAGUUUAUAAGUAGAUUCCUCAGCCUUCCCUGAAGGCAUAUUUUAACUUGUCAAAUAAAUUUAUAAUAUUGAACUUAGAUCUCCUAAGUUUUAUUUAUUACUUUCUGACUUUAUUUUCAUUGCUUCUGUUUCAUCUUGGCAUUAAUAUGCUUUGCAAAAUAUGUAGUAUUAAAAACUAAAAAUAAAAUCAGGAUAUAAAUUCA